AUGCCCACCUCUCCUGAUCAGACCGCUAGCAAUGCGCCGGACGCAUCCAAUGUGCGGUGGCAAUUCAUCGACUCAUCGAACAACAGUCGAACCAACCUAACCCAAGUGAAGCGCCAUGUUAUGCAAGAAUAUAUGCGCCAGAAGAAAAGUGGCGCUCACCAAAGUGAAAGUGAAGAGGAGACACCACGACCAAAACGUGGGAGGCCCAAGAAGACUCGGGGUGCGCAACGGAAAUCAGACAAGGAAGCGAAAUCAGACGGUGACAGCAAUAACAAUCAACCUCGAACAAGGAGAUCAACCAGAAAGCAAUCUACACGCAAAGAAGACCUCAACGUCGAGGUCAACUGCGAUGUGUUUGUUUUGAAUCCUAUCUCGUCGGACCCUCCGUUGAUCGAAUCCAAUGAUGUACCCUCGUUUCCACCUUUCCGACCAUCUUCUGCCGAAUCUCAAGAUGUUCCCCUUCCACUAGAUGGCUUUGUCGAUGUACAUCCACAGAGCACUCCCAGCCAUGAUUUAUAUUGUAACGAUUUCUCAUGGCCGUCACCCUCCACAAUCCCAUACCAGUUCAUGCCGUCACCUAUGAUCAGCGGUCCACAAAUCGACACAUUCAACGCACUUUCUCUUCCUAUAGAUUUGGGUCGAGAUGAACACAGGAUAUUCGACUCCUAUGUGAACCAUAUUCCUGCCUCUUAUGGACCCCGUUACCGGUCUCUCAUAGGCCACAACGGCUAUACAACGGCUUUUGUACCUGGAACAAUGAAAGGCGACACCCAAAAUCCUCUUCUUCAGAGAGAUCGUGCUGUCUCCUUGCUCCGGGAGCACCGCGCCGACAACCCCCAUGAAAUCUCUGACGUCGCAAUCAUUUCCUGUCUGAGUGCCGCAGCCCUGGAGGACUGUGAUCCCCGACCCGGCCACAAAGAAAUAAGCUGGGUGCACAUGCGAGCUGCACGGGAGAUGAUACGAGCGCGUGGUGGUCCCGCUGCAUUUGCAAACACUCGCAUCGGCAUGAUGAUCAACUGGCAAAACUACAACUUGCCGGGAUAUGAGGCUCACGGGCCCAGCUUCUUCUAUGACUACGACCAACAUGCCCCAGUCUCAUCUGCGUCUUUAGCAACAUUACCCCACUCCAUCCCAAACCCCCGCUCAAUUCCAUCUCCACCAUACUCUACCUCCUCGGCGUUCUCAGAGGUCUCACCCAGCCCCGAACCUCGAACAAUGCUCCCACCACACACAGAAGCGAUCCCAGUAGACGAGAUCAAAUUCCAAUGCGAAGAAUUCUUCGAUUUUCUCCGACGCUGUGAACAACUUGCCCUAUACCAACGCGAUAACCCACAAUCAUCAUACAUCACCCGACACACAGCAGUCCAAGAAACAUCCAUCCUCCACAAAAUCCUCGUGGCGCCCCCGGGCGCCCGAUUCACAACCUCAAACGACAGAAAACAAAUGGUCGCCCGCUUAACAGCGUUGAUAACACUCAAUGCCGCGAUGUGGGAUUACCGCAACACCCCAGCGCGCGCAGCAAUCUUCCUCGACACCCUGGAGAAAUCCAUGGUCGACAGCGAAGUCGGAAUAAAUGGCUCUGUCGAGGCCAGGCUCCAAACCCUGCUUGAAUGCAGCGACGGCACUCAUGAUGGCUGGCCCACCAGUGUCGAUGGCUUUGCUUCUGCGGCUCCGGUAGAGGAGCUGCCAGACUUCUCUCAGUACUUUCCGACUGCUACUUCGCCCUCUGCCCGCCCUUGGUUUGCGGGCCGCAUGCUGAAGGUUGCUAAUCGGUUGAGUCCUUUGUCAUGGUUCCGUGUCAAUGAGUUUUUGUUCUCGUGUUUGACACUCCAGGUGCAGGGGUCGUCUACGGCUCUCUGGGAAGCGGAUCUUCGUCGGGAGAUUCUCGAUGAUGUUAUACGCACAUUGACUGAGUGA